UUAUUUGUACACGCAAUGGCAACUUUCCCAAUCAGUUGCAAAAUGUGUUGCGACUGCUGCAGUGUGCGCCAACAGAAGCUCUGGGUCUUUGGCCUGGGCGGCUUUUUGCUGUUAGUGGGAACUGCUUUGCUUUCGGCCUGGCCCAGCUUGUGUCGUCAAUUGGUGCGUGGCCUGCUGCCAUUGGCUCCCAACUCCUUCAUAUACAAGUCCUGGGUGACGACACCGACACCGGCGUUUACAACGUUCUAUCUCUUCAAUUGGACCAAUCCGGAGGACUUAAAUAAUGCUGCAGUGAAACCGAAUUUCGAACAGCUGGGCCCCUACACGUUCAGCGACUAUAAGGAGAAAGUGGACCUGGUGUGGCAGCAGCCGGAGGUUACCUAUUACGGACGUCGAGUCUGGCAUUUUUUGCCAGAAAAAUCAAAUGGCAGUCUAGACGAUGUCAUUGUGACGCCGCACUUUCCAACACUGACGGCCGCCCGCUAUGUGCGCAGAAAGCGUCGCACGCUGCGCAAGAUUAUGAACUUUGCGCUGAAUCGUGAGGGUGGUGGCACCUACAUGAGACAUACGGCCGGACAAUGGCUAUUCGAUGGGUUUUACGACUCGCUUAUUGACUUUGUUGAGCGUCUGCACUCGCCGCUAUUGCCCAUAUUUAGCGACCAUUUCGGCUGGUUCUAUCAGCGCAACAAUUCGAAGACGGCCGAGGGAAAUUUCACAAUACACACGGGUCGGGGUGAUCUCAGUUGGAUGGGCGAGCUGCAGAUGUGGAAUGGCAGCGUCCAUACGGGCUACUACGAGGGCGAGUGCGGCAAGGUCAAUGGCAGCACGGGUGAGCUGUGGGCGCCGGGUCGCCAGUGGCACGAGACAAUUUCCAUAUUUUUGCCAGAUGCAGCGCGCUACAUAAAUCUGUACAGCAUGGCGAAUGUCACAGUUGAGGGCAUCGCUGCCUGGCGCUACGAGACCAGCCAGCUGAGCUUCGACAACGGCCAACUGGCGCCGGAUACGAAAUGUUUUUGUGUUGCCAAACACGAAUGUCCACUGAAUGGUGUGCUAGAUUUCUCACCAGUCGCCAAGCGCGGACCCAUUUACGUAUCGCAUCCGCACUUCUACAUGACCGAUGAGUACUAUAGAAGAAAUACGACGGGCCUACGCCCAAAUCCCGCAGAGCAUGGCAUGUAUGUGGUAAUGGAACCGACACUGGGCAUACCACUAAGCCUGAAGGGACAAGUUAUGAUCAGUGCGCUAGUGCAGCGGGACGAGGCUAUCGACUUGCUUAGGGAUAUUGCUUAUGAUCACUAUGCUCCGCUCUUUACAAUUCAACUUUACGCCGACCUGACUGAUGAUCUGAUCGGCCUGCUCAAGCUGAGCUUAAGUCUGCCCGCCAUAGGUCAAUUUAUAGGUCUGGCUCUGCUGCUCAUUGCCAUCGUCAUGCUAAUCGUAGGCAUCAUUGUGAGUAAGCAGCAUAAAUGGCACAAAGAGUGCGAAAUUGAAGCCAAUGAACCAGUGCCAGCACUUGAGAGUGGCGAAGUCGUUGACAGCUGAUAUUGAUAAGAUGUCUAACCUCAUAUUUUGGUUUUCUAUGUGAUAAAGACUGCUCUUGUUAUAAUAUUGGGUGCAGAAAUGAUUAUAUUAGGUUAUUAUUAAUAAAAAAUGUGCGCCAUUAAAAUGAGUUUCUGCUGAACACAAAUUGGCGUGCUGCUGUUUGUUUUUGGGCAAUUGGGCCUUGAGGUGUUGGCCAGCUGCGCUCGUCUAGAAUUACACGAAAUUAUGGCCUCUCAGAUAUGCUAAAAUUUAUUAAUAUGUUAAUAAUUGUAUUUUAUUUUUUGUGAGUGUAUGAGUGUUGAUGUGUGUGUGUGGUGCCUGGUGGUACAGAGGCAAAAGCCUUGAGCACGUAAGCUGCAUGCUUUACGGCGUACGAACUCUUUCACCUAGGCAUACUCACACACACACAUACAUAACCAACCAAAUUGCUAACUGGAAAUUCGAAAAAUGCCAACAGAAUAUUAUAAGCGGCUAAUUUAUAUGCGCCUGGCACGCAAACUUACGUUUUGCACACACAUUGUUGUCGAAGAACUCACACACACAUACGGAGAGAGAGAGAGAGAGAGAGAGAGAGAGACAGAGACCGAGGCUGGCUUAGAAAGCGCAGGAAGUGGGUGGCGUAGCAGCUUAAACAAUGUAUGAAAAUAUGAAAAUUAUAUGGCAGCAAAUAUGUGUUGGCCAUACUUUAAUAAAUACACACAAGUUAUGAUUAAGCGCCGCACAGGAACACAAAGAAAAAUGUUAUGAGAAAAGUUGCUGCUGAAAAGGAUUUAAAAAUAUAAUUCAUUUUGUUUUUUAAGACUUUUUUAUUCAAAUUCAGUUAUAGAUUCUAAGCGCUGUGCUGACAGAAAUUCUAUAAUAAAACGCUAGACUA